CUUAGGUAGGAACAUAAACUCAUACCAUCUAAACCGUUAAAGCAGUGUAAUAAAUCUAGACCGUUAAAUCCAACUGCUAAACCCAUCAUCUUCUCCAUAUCCAUUAUCUGCAAAAACCAAUGGCUGCCAAGAUGAUGCUGUUGUCCCCACAUCCACACCAUCUCCCUCUCCGUUCUCUUCCAUUUCACACCAACAAACUACACUCAUGGCAGCACCACCACCUUCCAACUCCAAAACCAAAGAAACUUCGUUUAUCCCUUCACGAGAGUGCUGAAUUCAUCACACAAAACCAACAACAAUUACUAAACCCCAAUUCUCUUUUCUUACUUACAGAGACUACUGGUUACUCUUUGGCUAGUUAUUAUACUUCUCUUGGUCUUUUUGUUAUCUCUGUUCCUGGUCUUUGGUCUCUCAUCAAACGUUCUGUCAAAUCCAAGAUUGUGAAGAAGACUUUCAUAGAUGAAGGUGGAAAUAAGGCACCAAGUCAAGUUGCAGGGGAGGUACUAUCAUUCUUUACUCGUAAUAAUUUUGCAGUGGUUGAUAGAGGAGAAACAAUCACGUUUGAAGGAGUGAUGGUUCCCAGCAGGGGGCAAGCAGCACUGUUAACUUUCUGCACUUGCAUCAGCCUGGCAAGUGUUUCCCUUGUGCUCACCAUAACCGUGCCGGAUAUUGGCAAUAAUUGGUUUUGGUUAACUAUCUUAAGUCCAUUGGCAGGAGCUUAUUACUGGACUCGAGCAUCCAGAAAGGAGCAAGUUCAAGUGAAAAUGAUAGUUAAAGAAGAUGGAACCUUGUCAGAAAUCGUUGUUCAAGGUGACGACCAACAAGUCGAGCAAAUGAGAAAGGAACUCAAGUUUAGUGAAAAGGGCAUGGUUUAUGUUAAAGGCCUUUUCGAAACAUAACUUAUUUUACCAGAUGACAGAACAGGAAGUACAAGAAUGAAGGGAGGACACAUAAAAAGCAGCCACAGCUAAACCCAUAGGCAAAUGUCUGUAAACAUUUAUGUUCAAAGCAGCCUGCUGAAAGUUUUGAUAUUCGCCUCAGGCACCUAGUUCACCUUAGAACAUUAUGAUUCUUACUUUUGAGGAUGUAAUCAUAUACUAUGUAAUCAUAUACACAUGUUCAAUGGCUACUUGGUUAAUUCAUCAGAUAUACAACUGCAACGCAACAAAUUAUUGUACGAAAAAACCAAUAACACGCCUAUUUGCUAA